AUGGCGCUGGUCUUCGAACUGGUGAAAGGGCAGACUCUCCACGACUGGCUCAAAGGGCAGCCUCAUCCCAUUUCCUGCGACGCAGGAAAGGUCAAUAUCCUACGUGAUAUCUCGCUGGCUCUGAGAUAUAUGCAUCAACAGGACAAGACUCUGGUGCAUGGCGACUUGAAACCUACGAAUGUGUUCGUGGAAGAUAACUUAGAGACGCGAGCCAAGUUGGGAGACUUUGGCUUGUCCAGGUUUCUCUACAAGACAGAGCAAGCCAUGGGUGGAUCCCUUCGCUGGAUGGCUCCGGAGAUUGCCACCGGCCACGAUCGGUCGCCGUCUUGUGCUGCCGACGUCUUUUCUUUGGGUGCACUCCUCAGCUUUACUCUAACUGAUGUGAAGCCCUUCGAGGGCGUGGAUCGGAAUCAGAUCUUGAAGAUGAUGUGUCGAGGAUCAGUACCUGCGCUAACCUGGCCGAGCACGGAGGAGGAUGAAUGUGUUUUGCGGAUCGCUCUCUUGGGCGACUCCUGCUACAGCAUGAACCCGGUGAAGAGGCCCGACAUCAUGCAAGUGUUGGAGGUGCUUGAAAUGUGCCGCGGACUGGGUGCUGAAGUGGAAGGUACGCUGAAGGGUCCAGCGUUUGGUGCGUUUUGCCCGGAGAUUGGGAUGAGUUGGGCCAAGAAUGUCCACCGAUAUUUGUUUGCGGUCCUGGCUGCCACCCGCACAGCUUCCAAGAAGGAAAAGGCGGCAUUGCUCGCGCAGAAGAGAGAUCUGGAGAGCUCGCCGGAGUACAUCGAUGCUUUGGCCUAUUUGGAGGACCCCGACGGCGAGCGGCGAAGGCGGCAGGAGGCCGAUGCCGAGGCCUCCACCGUGGUGGAGGAGGUUGCCACACAGAUCGCCGAGGUCUUAGCCCGUCUCCGGAGUGCCACGAAGAAGGACAAACCAGGCCUCCUCGCGCACAAGCGCGAGCUGGAGAACCUCCCAAAAUACGUGAAUGCCCUCCGAUACUUGGAGGACCCGGUGCAGGAGAGACAACGCAAGAGGCAAGAAGAGCCCACUGAGUAG